AAGAGUAGGCGUUCACACUAAUAUUCGCUACAAAUAAAAAAGGACGCGCUGCUUUAAAUUAUCAUUUGAAAAGUUGUAAAUGUGCAAUAAACAAUCUAUUGGAACGUGUUACCAAUACUCUUUAUAAACGGGCCUGGCUUUGGAACCCGUACAUCAAGCGUUUUGGGAAAACCGCGUUUUUAGUGCGCUACCAGAAUCGAGAAUAUUGGAGAUAUGGAAACCACUGAUGCGACUUCGCAUUCGGAUCCCCACAUCGAUUACAAAACCCCCAAGAAGGCUAACUCGCUGAUCGACAGUGAGCAGUUGCUGGACAAGAUCAAUAUACUGACCACAAAGCCGGAGAAUCACUCCCAGAAUGCAAAGCUUCCCACAAUCAAGGACUUUGUCAUUAUCAAACCUAUCAGCCGUGGCGCCUUUGGCAAGGUGUUUCUGGGCUACAAGAACAACGACUCCAACAGGCUGUUCGCCAUCAAGGUGAUGCGCAAAUCGGAGAUGAUCAACAAGAACAUGGUCUCACAGGUGAUCACCGAACGCAACGCCCUGGCCCUGUCCCGCUCCCAGUUCUGCGUGAGCCUCUUCUACUCUCUGCAGUCGCUGUCCUACGUCUACCUGGUGAUGGAGUAUAUGGUUGGAGGGGAUCUCAAGUCCCUGCUGGCCAUGUACGGUUAUUUUGACGAGGUCACUGCCCGCUUCUAUGUGGCCGAGAUGGUGAUGGCGCUGCAGUAUCUGCAUCAGCACGGAAUCGUCCAUCGGGACAUCAAGCCGGACAACAUGCUGCUCUCGGCCAGCGGCCAUGUGAAGCUCACCGACUUUGGCCUGAGCAAAAUCGAUAUGCGGCGUGAUCUGGAGAUCUCAGAUCUGAUUAACUGCUCGCCAAACUUGAAUGCUCGCACGCCGGGACAGCUGCUCUCGCUCACCUCGCAUUUGUCCUUUGGUUCCGAGAAGAAGUUACAGGAUUAUGGCUCCGUUUUGGCAGGACAAGCUACGGGUAUGAGUGGACUGACCACGGGCACGGGUACCUCCCACCUGCUGCAGGUCAUUAACAAGCAUAGUCUGAUUAUGGAGCUCUCUGACAGUGAGGGCGACACUUCUCUGAACGAAGCAGAGAAGACAAGCGACAGCAAGAUCUCCGGGGUAUCGCCGUUUUUCUCCGCGGAGGAGGUCAAUGAAUCUAUAACGCAUACUUGCACGACCAACAACAAUCCCCAGGACAGCAGCUCCUCUUGCUCCUUUCACACCUGCACCUCGGGGGAUUUGAGCAAGUGUUUGCCUCAGGAACCCACUGGAGCCGAGACAGUGACCAGCAAGCGUCGCGUGGAAUUCGCCCUAGAUACCGUCAACUGUCAGGGCUGCAAGCAGGCCGAGCAGGACAGCAGCAAUGGUGGCAAGCAUUUGCCGAAGCUGGAGACUGCAAACGAUGCUUCGUUUGAGUUUUCCAUGGUGCGCAGGCGAUCGCUCGAGGAGCGCAAAGGCAUCUCAAAGGGGCAGGAGGACUCUGGCGUCUCAAGCCGCAAGGGUGACGACAACUCCAGCUGCCACCUGAACCUGAACAGUGAGAGCACAGCCUCGUCGAUCGAGAAGAACGCUGAGAACCUGAGCCAGUCCAAGGAGGACUUUAGCUGCUCGGACUAUUCGCGCAGCUACAAUCUAACCAAUGCCAACGAAAUGAGCGGCAUCCACAUGAACUCGCCCUUUCGCAACCUGUCCAAGCACUUCAAGCGUCCCGAUUUCCUGCGCGGCAUGAAGCGGAAGAUAAACCUGGUCAACCGUUCAGACAACAUGUCCAGCAUGGAGGCCGAUGGCUCUAGUUCGGGCACCAGCAGCGCCCACACCGGGCUCACCCAGGAAAUUGAGAUCCUUAACAUUGGUAGCAGUACGCCCAAGAAGCGUAAGGCUCGCUCAUCGCCCAUACGGGGAGUGCUCAAGGUGCGCUCCCUCUCCGAUGACGAGCUGCCCAUUAAUCAUCUGCUCGGACCGGAGGCCAAUGUGGCCAACGUGGUCUUCUCCACGCCCGUCUCCUCGCAGAAGCUGCCACGUCGCGAUGGUGGUCUGCUGGGCAAGCUAAAGGCCACCCGGUUCGCUCUGCCCCUGUCCAUAGAGAAUAAGAAACGGGAGCAUGCCACCACGGAGAAGAUGUCCGGUGUGCAGUAUCACCUGAAGCUAGCCGACGAUCCCACAAUGUCGCCCAUUAAUCAUGGAGCAGGGAACAUACCAAAAACACCAAAGAAUGUGAACAUUAACACACCGUUUCGUACCCCGAAGUCGGUGAGGCGAGGAGCUCGGGUUUCCAACGAGCGCAUUCUGGGCACACCCGAUUACCUGGCACCGGAGCUGCUGCUGAAGCAGGGUCAUGGUCCCGCCGUCGACUGGUGGGCAUUGGGAGUGUGUUUCUACGAGUUCAUGACCGGCAUUCCGCCCUUCAACGACGAGACGCCUCAGAAGGUAUUUGACAACAUUCUGAACAAAAACAUCGAAUGGCCGGAAGGCGAUGAGGCAUUGUCGGCGGAUGCCAUGGAGGCUGUGGAACUGCUUCUGACGAUGGAUCCUGCCGAGCGACCGGCCGCCAAGGAAGUACAGCAGAUGCGCCACUUUGCGUGCAUUGACUGGGAGAACAUUGGCAACACGGAGCCGCCGUUUGUACCCACGCCCGAUAAUCCCACGGAUACGGGUUACUUUGAGGCGCGCAACAAUCUGCAGCACCUGCAGCUGUCCAAUUUUGCCGUGGAAGACUGAUGUUUCAAGCGCGCUGUGCCCAUGUUAUUUUUAUUAGUUUUUGUGUAGCAAUAUCCAAGAGUAGACCUUUAAUGUUCACUUGUUAUCGUUCGUCGCUAGCCCUAUUUUUAUUUAUAUUUAUAUUCUCGUUUUAAAUUUCAUUCAAUUGUAUAAUUCAUCAUUUCGAUGAUCAUAAUCGGUCCUGUAUCCCUAAUUUCGGUACUGAAUUCGAGUUUGUUAUUGUAACUACGCUUAAACGAAUAGCUUCAAGUAUAAACCCUCGAGUUGUAUCCAAUAAAGUCAUAGUCUAAAAGAUGAAA